UCACGCUCUUGCUUUUUCUUGUUGACUGACUCAAGUCUGUUCCAUGAUCUUAGCCUUCAACCUUUCCCUCAGAGUUAGCGGCUGCGUCUCAGGAAGUCGGAAGCCGCGGGGCGGGUCCGCGGUGACGCACCGGAAGCCGAGGAGAGGGAGCCUGGAGCCGGAAGCCGCGAGGCGGGCGGUGGCGCUCCCGGAAGUGGCGCGGACGUCGCGUGCGUCUGAGCGGUGCGUCGGGCUGCAGGAGAAGAUGGCGGUCUCCACAGGCGUUAAAGUUCCCCGUAAUUUUCGUUUGUUGGAAGAACUUGAAGAAGGACAGAAAGGAGUGGGCGACGGUACGGUCAGCUGGGGCCUGGAAGAUGAUGAAGACAUGACACUCACAAGGUGGACAGGCAUGAUCAUUGGGCCACCACGGACAAAUUAUGAAAACAGAAUAUAUAGCCUGAAAGUAGAAUGUGGACCUAAAUACCCAGAAGCUCCUCCAUCAGUUAGAUUUGUAACCAAAAUUAAUAUGAAUGGAAUAAAUAAUUCCAGUGGAAUGGUAACAGGAAGAAAAUUCAGCAGUCUUUUCUUGUUAAGGCACCACCACUUAAGCACGCACCUGGAGUCCUCACUGGAGCUCAGGUUUGCAGGUGAGAGCACAGCAAGAAGUGUCGGCUGGCUGUGCAGGCAGGUGUGUUUCUGACGAGAAAGCCGAGAAGGAAACUCGAGUGGCGUGCUCCAUCAUCUUGCUUAGAGAAAGAGCUUCAGUUGAAAUUGUCUAAAGUAGCAGGUACAAUGAAUAUUGUCACAAAGUGUGUUCAUUUUUGAAGCGGUAUGGGUGCUGACUACUAGUAGUAUCAAAAAUAUGUUCAGGAUUGUUUUGAUACCUGUAUUUAUAAUAAAAAAUGUUGUGGGGGAGGUGGAUGAAUUUCUGUUACAAGCUGUUCCUGUGUGUUCCAUGUAACAGAUGUGGUAAAUAUUUGUUUACAGUCUUUGUUGGACAGACCAUGCAUUUACGUUUAAAUGAAAUCAAAAAGGAAUUAGGUGUAUGGAUAUGUGAUUUGGAGAUUAAAGUUAGUCUUAAAUUGUAAAUAAAAUGUGGAAUGUGUCUUCAGAAA